AUGUCAGCCCCGCCAUCCCCCAAACCCUCCUUCGAGUCCGAGGACCGUCCCAGUACCAGCGAAAGUGCACAACAGGCAAAGAGGGCCGGACACACGCGCAGUAUUUCGUUUGAGGACGCCAAACCUCGCGACUACAGUCCGCGACGGCGCUCCAUUCAAUUCAAUGUGGGCUCUGCGGAAGCCCAACUCCCUACCCGCAUGCCGAGCUUCAAAGAAAAGCGUCUGUCGUUUGGAGGAGGGCUGCCGAUUAGAGAGGAACAUGAAGAGCUAGAGCAGGAACGGGACCUGCAGCGACACUACUCGGCUCGUGGGCCAUCUCCCCCGCCGCCAAAAACUUACGAACGAGGUGUCUCAUUCGAUACCUUUGAUAACCGCGAUGCCCCCAAUUUCUCCCUGACACUCAACUACAAACACAAGGGGUACCAAAGUACCCGCCGCAGUCGGACGUUUUUGUGCGGCACGGAUCAAAACGACUACUCGGAAUUUGCGCUGGAAUGGCUGAUAGAUGAAUUGGUCGAUGAUGGUGAUGAGAUUGUCUGUCUCCGAGCAGUUGAAAAAGAUUCGCGCAUGGCGAGCGACGCCGCGAUUGAGGAGGGCAAUUACCGCAAGGAAGCCGAAAAGCUGUUUGAGCAGGUGAUUCAGAAAAAUAGCCAAGACGAGAAGGCAAUCAGCCUUGUAUUGGAACUGGCCGUCGGUAAGGUCGAGGAUAUUAUCCAGCGAAUGAUUCGAAUUUAUGAGCCGGCCAUGCUGGUCGUUGGUACACGAGGACGCAACCUAAAGGGCGUGCACAGCCUUCUUCCAGGAUCCGUCUCGAAGUACUGCUUGCAGCAAUCACCCAUUCCUGUCAUUGUUGUCCGCCCAUCACCCAAGCGCGAGAAGAAGAAAAAGAAGCGCCGCGCAGACCCAAGCCGACGGAGCUACAAUCACAUUCUGGAAUUGAGCGAGAGGCGCGGCAGCGGGAUUUUUGAUACCGGUUCUAAUACAGAGAGUGGAGCCUCCAAACUUCCCGAUGAGGAGGCUGCUGUCGCCAAAGCAUUGGGUCUCCCAGCCCAUUACUCCCACGCCAACUCGCGUAGCUCGCUGUCCGUGUCAGACCGCAGCAGCAUAAGCCAAGACGAAUCCGACUCGACGUCUCCAGUCCCUUAUUCCCUCGAUACGGUUGUCAUGAAGAGCCCAUUGACUGGCAGUCCCGCCAGCUCCGAAGAAAGCAUGGUCACAAGCGAAAGCACGCAGCGUGCAGCGUCACCCGGACCGCCUCCCAGAUCGCCAUCUCCGCUAUCGGAAGAUGACUCAACAGACGAUACAUCCUCGACAGCCAAAUCAUCAUCCGCAAAGAACGACACCGCAGACUCCACCGAAACCCCCGACUCUCCAGCUCGCGUUUCAAUUCCCUCCAUCGAAGUGUCCAACGACAACGAGGAGAAAUCGAAGGAAUGA